GGAAGAGAGACGGAAGUGACGUCCUGUGAGUGGCAGAAGGAGGGCGGAGCCUGAGAAGCCCCUGUCACCGAGUCAGCCAUCGCUCCGGGAUUCGGUGUCUGAGAUUACCGGCCGGAUCACCAUGACCGCCCACUCCUUCACCGUCCCCAUGAUCAUCUUCACCACCUUCUGGGGCCUCAUCGGCAUCGCGGCUCCAUGGUUCGUCCCCAAGGGCCCCAACCGAGGGUGAGUGCGGCCGGCUGGGGGAAAAGGGGGUUGGGGGAGAGAGAGGGAGAGAGAGAGAGAGAGGGGGCUGGGGAGAAGGGGGCUGGGGAGAGAGAGAGAGAGAGGGGGCUGGGGAGAGAGAGAGAGAGAGAGGGGGGGGCUGGGGGAGAGAGAGAUAUAUAUAUAUAUAUUUACUAUUUCUAUAAUACUGGGCAUUUAACACCAGCUGAGAUGGUUACCAUGGAAGGGGUUAAUGUAUGGUCUUGGUUUUAUAACAGUGAGUUACAAUGUAUGUUUACAGUACUGGCAGCCAGUAUGUACAGAGCUGUAAUAAUAUUUUCCAUAUAUCAUGACCUGUGUGUAAUCGUGCAAUAUGUAACAAUGAUGCACUAUUCUCUUCUCUUUCCAGUGUUAUUAUUACCAUGUUGGUAACUACAGCUGUCUGCUGCUAUCUCUUGUGAGUAUCCUGCCAUUCAUUAAUAUCAGUCAGAUAGCCAUGUACAUAAAUCUCUCCCCAUAGGCCCUGGAACUGGGGGCAGGAUUUAGCGAUUCUGGACACAAUCAUUAACCCCUAGACACUCAGAUGUGUGCUUUAUUGUGAUGUCUCCAGAACAUCUGUGAUAUUAUAUUCCAAAAACACACUGUUCCCCAUUAUGCAUUUUCUAUCUAUGUAUUAUAUUCAUAUAUUCAUUAUUUUUAAUUGUUCUCUUUAAACCAUACACCUCAUUUCAUGCACAAGUUUUAUGUCUCCCUAUUCGUAGAUUACUUCCCUGCACUGUUUCAAUAGGGCACGGUUUAACAAUAAGCUACAAUGUAUUUUACAUGGAAAUUAAUUUGAGCUCAUCUGUUGUAGCUGGCUGUUAGCCAUUUUGGCUCAGCUGAAUCCCCUGUUUGGACCCCAGUUGAAAAAUGAUACAAUUUGGUAUGUUCGGUUUCUGUGGGAAUGAGUGAGUGAAUCUGAAAAGCCAAGGUAAGUCCUUCACUGUGUGAAAUGAAUUGAGUCAAUAAUCGUAUCUUCCUGGUAACAUUCUGCAGUAUCUUUCAAGGGCCAAAGCCGUGGUUGUUCACCAGGACAGGUGUGUGUUUGCUUAAUUCCUUAAUGUGCAUACAAUUAUCAAAUUGAGACCACAAUAUCUACAGAACCAAAUGCAGCCCCGCUGAGGUUCUCACAUCCACGUUGUUUUCCCGGACCCGUCACAUAUGCGUGAAGGCAGCCCAACUAGAUGCCAAAUGGGCACAGGGAGUGCUACAUAUAAUUUAUUUGAAGGACCAAAAAGAAACAAUCAUUUCAGGUUCCCCUCUUUUUUCCUUUAAAUAAAUUGUAUGUAGCACUCACUGUGCAUACUUGGCAUCUAGUUGGACUGCCUUCAUUUCUUUAAUGAUUGUACUAUGUGAUCCUGCUUUGAGCAACAGGGUGUGAGGUCUGCAUUAAAGAGUUAACAGACUUUUCAAUUAAUUUUUUUUUUUUUUUUUUUUUUGCUACUGCAGUAAUCCUGUCUUGCUCUAUGAGAUCAAGUCAUUAAGGUGUCUGGAGUUGUCCGUGUUUUUUUUUUUUAAGGGACACUAUAGUCACCAGAACAACUACAGCUUAUUGAAUUUGUUCUGGUGAGUAGAAUCAUUACCUUCAGGCUUUUUGCUGUAAACAGAGAAAAUGCAGUGUUUACAUUACAGCCUAGUGAUAACUUCACUGGCCACUUCUCAGAUGGCUGUUAGAGAUCCUUCUUUGGUCAUGGCUGCCUAAAAUGCAUCCAAACAUUUAGUAUCUCAGCCCUCUGCAUGCAGACACUGAACUUUCCUCAUAGAGAUUGAUUGAUUCAAUUCAUCUCUAUGAGGAGAUGCUGAUUGGCCAGGGCUGUGCUUGAAUUGUGCUGGCUCUGCCCCUGAUCUGCCUCCUUGUCAAUCUCCGCCAAUCCUAUGGGAAAGCAUUGUUAUUGGAUCAGGCCACCACUUCUGAUGAUGUCAGCAGACUGCUUGUUUUUCUGAGGCAAACAGCAUGCAGAUCUACAGUUUCAGGCUUGAAUACGGUAAGAUGUUGCUAUAUUUAUGGAGGCAUGAGGGGCCCAGGGGGGCUAGAUGGUGGUUUGAACACUAUAGGGUCAGGGAUACAUCUUUGUGUUCCUGACCCUAUAGUGAUCCUUUAGAAGCAGGUUUUAAAUUCCUAGAUGCAUCUGUUUCAUAAAUCCUGCUCCUUUAGAAAAUCUAUUUAGAAGUGCUAACAUGUAUAAUGGGAUAUUUACAUGUUUUUUUUUCUUUUUAAAUGAUACUGCCCUCUUAAAGUACACAUUUAAAAUGAAUAUUUGUAGUAUAUUACUAAUCCUAUGGGAAAACUGACUUAAUUUUUUUUUAAUAAAACUAUGCAUUUAAUUUUCUCCGAUUUACCAGAAGGGUACUCCACUCCCUGUGACACUCUAUUUGAAUUCAGGUCCCUUUCCUUGUUUUGCAUUUCUAGUGAUUAAUUUCACUAGGGGUCAACCCCCCAUACAGGAGAAAACCUACUGCAUACCUUCUCUCUAUUGCCUACAUUUAAUUUUCUCAUCAUAAAAUACAUUUCUAAUUUUAUUUUUAUUUUUUUCUCUUUUAGGAUUCCCUGGAUUCCCCUUGUCCACAUUUCAUAGUAAAUGCCUCCAUCUUCAUUCCUAUACCUAAUUUGUCGAGAUGUUAUCCAUUCUCAGGACAGAAAAGCAAAUCUUCGUUUAGAUCUUAACUCCCCACCUUGAUCAUAUAUUCGGUUACUAAUCCAAUCGUAAUGAAGAUGUAAUAUAAUUUAUUGUUAAAAUAUUAUGUACUGUUUAUGGUUUACAUGCAAUCACGAUUGCCAAAAUUAAGUCACUUCUAUAACAGUGGUUCCCAACUGAACUAUGGUUUCAAGCUUUUCCUAUAUUAUUCUACAGGAGAUAACUGGAGGGGGGGAAAAAAAAUCCUAAACUGUGGGUCUCAUGAGGACUUGGUUGGAAACCACUGCCAAUCUCUAACAUUUAUUAUCACAAGCUAUUUCUGCCCAGUAGGUCAAGCAUAGCUGGCAGGUCACAUUUCCAGACUGAAUCUUACCAAGAGAGGGGAUUGUUAAUGAUUGGACCCCAAGUUGUUAUUUUGCUGAAUCUCACGUAAAAUAUAUAGCAGCCACUAUUCUGUAGCAGUGAACCUGCUUAUGACAACCCUUGCCCUAAGCAGAAUUAUUGAUGAGAAUGAUGAAUCCUAUAAAGGUUUAUCCAUUCCCUUUUGUAUUACAUUCCUAUCAUCCUGUUGCCCCUGGUUGGGUUAAAUUAGAGAUAUUUAAACAAACGUGUUGUAACCCCUCCACCCAUCGCCAAGUGAUGAAUCUUUAUUCUCCUGUACCGCUUGGCACUCUAGAUACAUGUGUUCAGUUAAUUCAAGUAUUACAUGAGUAGCAAUAGCCAUCUUAAAUUAAUGAGAUGUACUGCUCCCCAUCUAUGGCACUAUCCACAAGAUUAAUAAAUGUAUAGAAUGUACAUUAAUUUAAUUACUUUGUGAACCGUUUGUUCAUAGAGGCCAUACCUUGAGGUUAAAAAACAAUUUGUAUUUAAUUUACUGUGAUGUAAGAUGUAGAUGUGUACAGCACGAGUUUGUAUUUAUUUUAGUUAUUAAAGUGACACUUUAUAAUUUAUACUGCAGUCUAAUCACUGAGAACCUGUGUGUUAAACUGUGCAAUGGAAAUGUAAUAGAAUAAUAUGUAUAUUUAUUUGUGAAGAUACCUGUGUGUUAAUAAACUAUAUGUGAGUAGUGUAUUUGAUUGCAUGUUAAAGAAGAGGACUGAAUCUUUCAUUUCUCUUUAUCUCUUAAUUAGUAGGUGUACAACACCUUACAGAUGUUGCACAAACUAAAUCGAAGUGUGUGUGUG